AUGGCUUUUCCUCACGAUCCACUGCUCUAUCCAGUGUCCCAGUCAGAUCACUCGAAUGAGUGGCUUGACUUGGACAAUUCCUUUGACUUUCCUUCCGACUACAUCGACAGCGUCCCAACUAUGGACUCUAUCCUCUUUGAGGAUAAUAGUCUAUCUGUCUCCGGAACGGAUGAAUUCAACUGCAAUUUGUCCCCCGACUCUACCUCACAGGCUUACCAGCCUUCUCUGGAUCAAGUAUUCGAGGGUGGCUAUGGUAAUGGGAACGGCGAGGUCACUGGAGAUGGUGAUUUCUUUUUCGAUUCCCCUACAACUUCCUUCAAUGCCGGGUUGUAUGAAUCUCCAACCUCCAACGGUUUGUCAUACGAUGCAUCCGACUUUUUUUCUUCUUCCAUCCGCCAUAUGGUAGAGGCCAAGGCCUCCUCCGAUACACGUUACAUGGCACGGAAGGAGAAGCGCCGAGAAGCGGCAAUUGCAAUCCAUCUACAGCGUCUACAGGAUGCCGUCGCUGCGGAUAGGUAUCUUUCCUCAGACUCUAGCACCAGCAUUUCAUCGCCUUGCUGGUCUGAUUUUGUUCGGGAAAGCAUGUCCCCUCAGCCCCCGCCGACAAAGUCUACCAAGGUGUCACCAGCUUCUUCCGAAUCUGUUCACAAUGCCUCUCAAACUGAAACGCCUUAUUCAUCUGGUGCGAAUCCCAUUGCCGGUGGUGUGGAAAUGGUACUCGAUUUGAAUAUGAAUGCGGCCACCAAUCUGCCCAAGAAGCAAAAACCUAGAUCACUAGCUCAAAAAGAGAGUUACAUGAAGGUUCGAAAACAUGGUGCAUGUGAGAAGCAUAGAAAACAACAUAAAAGAUGUAAUUGCUUUGAGAAAAACGCAGCCAGCCUUGGAAGCGUCAGUACGAUAACCCCAGCGACUACUCCGCUCUCAAGACCAAUGGCAUUCAAAUCAAUCAAGGACGCCUCGCAAAGAGCAGCAAUCCGCAAACCAAGCGAACGAUGGCAAAGUCCAGCGAAUCCACUGCAGGUCAUACACACCGUGGACAAGGAGCCAAGCAACAUAUACUCGUCUCCUGCCGUGGAUGCCAACUACCCAAAGCACUCGUCACGCGCUGGGAAUGGAUGUGGUAUUCGUGGAAACGCGGCUCUAUUUAGACCACUGCCUGACGAACGACUCCAAGUGCGGCAACCCUGGAUGUCAGCCAGCCACUCGCUAUCGACUCCAUUUGUCUUCACUGCCCACGCCUCAUACAGCGCUCAGGAAAGCCCUGGUAUGUCUCCAAAGGACAGGUCCAGCACGCCAGUGAUGGCAUCUUAUACAGCCCCGUGCUGUCUUUCCACUGCGAGAGACAUCCAGACCUCGUCUGCCGCAUCAUCACCAUUCUCUUCUGCUGGUAGUGGGACUAUUCAACAACCCAUCAGAUUCCGACUGCGGAGCAUGGUACACAAUGCAUCUGCUAAUGCUGCCGGAGCUGUUCGCACUGUUAAAAGCACUGUGGUUUCAGGACCUCUGGCGGUUAAUGGAGCACUCAUAGAGUAUGGUUGUGGGGUCACUCGACAAGUUUUCGAACACAUCACGGUGUCUAUUUGCUCUUACUGGAGGUCUUGGUCGGUCGUCACCUCUCUAGCUGGUUCCUUUUUUGGCAACGCCACUCGGGCAUGUUGCCGGCAGAUUCUUUUCGCGAAACGAUUCUCUGGUAGUUUUGUUUAA